AUGAGCUAUUCAGAAAAACACAAACGAAAUACUUCUCCAAUUUUACGUACAACAAGUGAAGAUAGAUCUAAAUUAAGUUAAAAUAAGGACAAUUAUAUACAAUAUUUAGAAUAACAAUUAGAAAAAGUAAUGCAAUAUUUAAAUUUAGACAUCAAAAAUAGUUUAUUAGAAAUAUGAAGAAAGAAUGAGAUUAGUUGAAGAAACUUUAUAAGAACAUGAUGAAAAAUUUGAAAAUUUUAUAAAACUUAUAAAAUUAUUGUAACAUUUUGCUACAACACAAGAAUAGGAAAAUAUAAAUAUAAGAAAUCAUGUUAAUUUAUCAAUGGAAUAAAUAUAUAGUAAUGAAUUGACAAAAUAAAAAAUAUUAAAUGAAAAGUUUGAAUAUGAAUUAAAUGAGAUUCGAUAAACAUAUUAUAAAGAUUAACCUAUGAUGUAAGAAUUGGAAUUAAUUCUAAAUAAAAAGAUAGAUGUAAUUAUGGAUGAAUUAAAAUAAAGUGCUCUUAAGAGUGAUUAUUAAAAAUUAGAAUAAAGAUUUUCAAGAUUAGAAUUGAAUUUAAAAUAAGAACAAUAAUAAAAAAUAAAUGAAUCUGAAAGAGUAUUAAAUAGUAGCCUUACUCAUUAAUAAUAAUUAAAUGAUUUAAAAAUAGUCUUAGAUAGUGUAAUUUAAGAUUAAGAACAAACAAAAAAUAUAGUUUAAUAAUUAUAAAAUGAGAACUAUUUGAAUAAACGCAAAAGUUAACUUUAAUAAACAAGAAAAUCAAUUACUAAAGAAUCACUCUAUACAGAAAGUGAGAAUUAAGUGCUGAGACCAGCAAGAGAGAUGAAAGAAAAUAUUAAGAAGUUAGAACAUAAAAGAAAUAAAAGUAAAUCUAGUAUGAGUAGAAGUGGAUCUAGAAAUGCAAGAUUAGAAACUAUCAAAAAGUAAAAACAAGAAAAUGUUAAAGAAUUAAUUAAAAAACAUAAAUAAUCAUCUUAGAAGUAGAUUUGA